UUUAUCAUUUAGUGUUUACAAAUACUUAUGUUGUAUGUUUAAAGUUUUCAUUCGUUGUUACUCUCAACCACAAAGAUUUUGUAAACAUAUUGUUGUAGGACAACAUUGAUUUAGAAAAUAACGAUGAGACGUUCUGUUGAUUAACAUGUAUACUUUAGGGUACACUAUACACAUGAGUACUUGACCGUACACUAUACACAUGAGUACUUGACCGUACACUAUACACAUGAGUACUUGACUAUACACUAUACACGUGAGUACUUGACUAUACACUAUACACAUGAGUACUUGAGGUUACAUUAUACACAUGAGUACUUGCCAAUGUCAAGUACUGAAUUUUGUGUACCUCUUCUAUUCAACGUAUUGUAGGACACAUUUGUAUGACGUUAGAAAAAGUUUUGAGCGAAGAAUUUAAGGAAUAAAUGUGUUACUUUUGUGUUCUCAACUUACAUUUGUCUUUUGUUGAGCAUCAUGACUUACCUCUAUCACCAAGACUUACAUCUGUCAUCGUGGUGUCACUGUAUUUUACGCUAACUUGGAGAAUUUCACAAUUAUUCUUUUACAAAUAUAUCAAAAUAUAAACUAUUGCUACUCUUGGAUAAUGAAUAAUUCAGACAGGGUUGCUGCGAAUACUGGGGAUUAAAUUAAUUUUAUUCUUGCUAGUUCAUUUCGUGCUUCAAAAAAUGUCCAUUUGUCAUUGCUCUGCACGAUGAUUAACGUUCACUCUUUAAUGGAAUUUAUAUCGCUACCGUAUCGUUUUUUUCGUUCCAUUGGUGAAAAUUACUAUAAUGGCCCGUUGAAGAUUGGCACUAACUACAAAAUAUUUCAACGCAUUUUCAUUAAUGAUCAGGGUGAUUAUUAUUCCACUGACUCGAGUCCAGUGGCAGCAACUGCCCAAAAGCACAAGUCUUCAGACGGUGGAAAUACUGGUGCUAUUGCUGGUGUAGUUGGGAAAAUACCUUCAACUGAAAUUCACAUACCCAUUUGUGUAAUUUGCACCCUGUUUGAGGACAUUAAACCACAUUUGUAUACAUUCAACCACAUUUGAAAACAUUCAUCUACAUUUGAAUACAUUCAUUUACUUUUGUGUACAUUCAACCACUUUUGGAAACAUUCAUGUACAUUUAAAUACAUUCAUCUACUUUUGUGUACAUUCAACCACAUUUGAAUACAUUCAUGUACAUUUGAAUACAUUCAUC